AUGGCCGCCUCGCCGAAAUAUCUCACCGGAGACGGUGCUGGUAUCAAAGACUUUAUCGCCAAGUUUGAUACUUUUUUAUUUGACUGCGAUGGUGUGCUGUGGUCUGGAGACCAUGUCUUUGAGGGAGUUCCGGAAACGCUGCUACUUCUGCGGUCAAAAGGAAAGAGGAUAGUUUUUGUGACAAACAACUCCACCAAAUCGCGCCAAGACUACGUCAACAAGAUUGCCGGCAUGGGCAUCGAGGCCAGCCCCGACGACGUCUUUGGCUCGUCCUACUCGGCCGCCGUCUACAUCGCGCGCAUCCUGAAGCUCCCCGCCGGCAAAAACAAGGUCUACGUCAUUGGCGAAGCCGGCGCGGAGCAGGAGCUCGCGUCCGAGGGCGUCCCGUUCAUCGGCGGCACGGACCCCGCCUUCCGCCGGGAUAUUACCCCCGCCGACUUUGCCGGCCUGGCUGACGGGUCGCUGCUGGAUCCCGAGGUCGGCGCCGUGCUGUGCGGCCUCGACUUCCACAUCAACUACCUCAAGCUGGUUCACGGGCUGCACUACCUCCGCCGCGGCGCGCGCUUCCUCGCCACAAACACCGACUCGACGCUGCCCAUGCACCGCGACCUCUUCCUCGGCGCGGGCUCCUGCAGCGUGCCACUGGCAAACGCCAUGGGCGAGUCGCCGCUUUCACUCGGCAAGCCCAGCCAGGCCAUGAUGGACGCCGUCGAGGGCAAGUUCCAGCUCGACCGCGCGCGCACGUGCAUGGUCGGCGACAGGCUGAACACGGACAUCAAGUUUGGCAUCGAUGGCAAGCUGGGCGGCACUUUACAUGUGCUGACGGGUGUCAAUACAAAAGCGGACUGGGAGGCCAAGGAUGCCAUAGCUGUGCCUGCGUUCUACGCUGACAAGCUGAGCGACUUGCGGGAAUGCGCAUAA